GAGGCGGGGCAGGUGGGGGCGGGCCCAGGUAGCAGGUUCGGCUGCGCGGGGGCCGGGCGUCGGAGGUAAAUACUGGGGCGGUGGGCGCUGGGCGUCGGGACCGGUCCGGGACGCGGGCGAACCAGGCCGGGGAAGGGGCUCCGCCCCGCUGUCCGAGUUUCCCCGUUCCCAGGGAGAGGAUGGUCUCUGCCCGGCCCCGGGUUCUUCGGCUGACAGGUGCACCCCGUUGAAUGAAACAAGCAUGGACACCACGCUGCCCACACCAUGCUUGCGGACGGCCACUGAAUUUAUGUUUUGCGGUUUCGCCACAAACAUCGUCGUUCCCCUUUUCUUGAGUUAAUAUUUUGGAGUUAAUGUCACAAUGAGUUCAGGCUUAUGGGGCCAAGAAAAAGUUACGUCUCCCUACUGGGAAGAGCGGAUUUUCUACCUGCUCAUCCAGGAAUACAGCGUGACCGACAAGCAAACCCAGAAGGUCCUCAAAGUCCCCAAGGGGGCGAUCGGGCAGUACGUCCAAGACCGCGCUGUGGGCCACUCGAGGGUCCCGCCGGCCAAAGGCAAGAAGAAUCAGAUGGGCUUGAGAAUCCUGGAGCAGCCGCACGUGGUGCUCUUCGUGGACGAGAAGGAUGUGGUGGAGAUCAAUGAGAAGCACACGGAGCUACUCCUGGCCAUCACCAACUGCGAGGAGAGGCUCGUCCUGCUGGACAGCAAAACCAGGCUGAGCAAGGGCCUCCACGUCGACGUGGGCAGCCGCGUGAAGGUGCAGCUGAGGCCCGGGGAGGAAAAGUUCCCCGGGGUCGUGCGCUUCCGGGGCCCCCUGCUAGCGGAGAGGACCGUAUCCGGAAUAUUCUUCGGAGUAGAGUUACUGGAAGAAGGUCGUGGCCAGGGCUUCACGGACGGGGUCUACCAAGGGAAGCAGCUCUUCCAGUGUGAGGAAGACUGCGGCGUGUUUGUGGCGUUGGACAAGCUAGAAAUCGUAGACGAGGAUGACAACGGAUUGGAAAGUGACUACGCAGGUCCGGGGGAUGCAGCGCCGAUGGAUUUCCCUCCUCUGGAAAUAAACUCCAGGGUUUCUCUGAAAAUCGGAGAAGGCUUAGAGUCUGGCACGGUUAUCUUCUGUGGCACUUUGCCGGGAAAAGAAACCUUAGGCUAUUUCGUUGGUGUGGACAUGGAUAACCCCAUCGGCAACUGGGACGGCAAGUUCGACGGCGUGCCGCUCUGCAGCUUUGCGAGCGUGGAGAGCACGCUCCUCCUGCACAUCAACGACAUCAUCCCAGAUAGCGUGACCCCGGAGAGGAGGCCUCCCAAGCUGGCGUUUGCAUCAAGAGGCGCUGGGGACAAAGGUUCCUCCGGUCACAGCAAACCAAAGGUGACAGGCUCUACCUCAGACCCUGGAAGUAGAAACCGAUCGGAAUUAUUUUAUACCUUAAAUGGGUCUUCUGUGGACUCACAGCUGCCACCCAAGUCAAAAAACACGUGGUACAUCGAUGAAGCUGCCGAGGACUCUGCCACGUCGCUUACCGAGCUGCCUCCAGAGCUGGGACAGGCGUCGCCCCCUCCGCAGCCCCCGGCCAUGAACUCGCUGUCCAGCGAGAGCCGAUUCCACUCCUUACCCUUCAGCCUGACCAAGAUGCCCAAUGCCAACGGCACCAUCGGCCACAGCCCGCUCUCCCUGUCCGUCCAGUCGGUGAUGGGCGAGCUGAACACCACGCCCGUCCCGGACAGCCCGCCCGCGGCCGCGUCCCCCGGGAGCUGCCACGGGCUGGAGGUGGGCUCGCUGGCGGAAGUCAAGGAGAACCCUCCUUUCUACGGGGUGAUCCGCUGGAUCGGGCAGCCGCCGGGCCUCAGCGACGUCCUCGCCGGGCUGGAGCUGGAGGACGAGUGCACGGGCUGCACGGACGGCACCUUCCGGGGCACCCGCUACUUCACCUGCGCCCUGAAGAAGGCCCUCUUCGUCAAGCUGAAGAGCUGCCGGCCCGACUCGAGGUUCGCGUCCCUGCAGCCGGUGUCCAACCAGAUCGAGCGCUGCAACUCUCUAGCCUUUGGAGGCUACUUGAGUGAAGUCGUGGAAGAAAAUACUCCACCGAGAAUGGAAAAGGAAGGUUUGGAGAUCAUGAUGGGGAAGAAGAAAGGCAUCCAGGGCCAUUACAAUUCUUGUUACCUGGACUCGACCUUAUUCUGCUUGUUUGCCUUCAGUUCCGUUCUGGACACCGUGCUGCUUAGGCCCAAAGACAAGGACGACGUGGAGUAUUACAGCGAGACGCAGGAGCUGCUGCGGACGGAGAUCGUCAACCCGCUGCGGAUAUAUGGAUAUGUGUGUGCCACAAAGAUUAUGAAACUGAGGAAAAUACUUGAAAAAGUUGGGGCUGCGUCAGGAUUUACCUCUGAAGAGAAAGAUCCUGAAGAAUUCUUGAAUAUCUUGUUUCAUCAUAUUUUAAGGGUGGAGCCAUUGUUAAAAAUAAGGUCAGCAGGUCAAAAAGUACAAGAUUGUUACUUCUAUCAGAUUUUUAUGGAAAAAAAUGAGAAAGUUGGAGUUCCUACGAUCCAACAGCUGCUGGAGUGGUCUUUCAUCAACAGCAGCCUGAAGUUCGCAGAGGCCCCGUCAUGCCUGAUCAUCCAGAUGCCUCGCUUCGGGAAGGACUUUAAGCUGUUUAAGAAGAUCUUCCCUUCCCUGGAGCUGAACAUCACAGACCUGCUGGAGGACACCCCCCGACAGUGCCGCAUCUGCGGAGGGCUGGCCGUGUACGAGUGCCGCGAGUGCUACGAGGACCCCGACAUCGCGGCCGGGACCAUCAAGCAGUUCUGCAAGGACUGCAACACCCAGGUGCACCUCCACCCCAAGAGGCUGAACCACAAGUUUAACCCGGUGUCCCUGCCCAAAGACCUGCCCGACCGGGAGUGGAGGCACAGCUGCGUCCCCUGCCAGAAGAUGGAGUUGUUCGCCGUGCUCUGCAUCGAGACCAGCCACUACGUGGCCUUCGUCAAGUACGGCCGGGACGACUCCGCCUGGCUCUUCUUCGACAGCAUGGCCGACCGGGACGGUGGUCAGAACGGCUUCAACAUCCCUCAGGUGACCCCGUGCCCCGAGGUCCGGGAGUACCUGAAGAUGUCGCCGGAGGACCUGCACUCCCUGGACACGCGGCGCAUCCAGGGCUGUGCGCGCAGGCUGCUGUGCGACGCGUACAUGUGCAUGUACCAGAGCCCCACCAUGAGCCUGUACAAGUAGCGGCAGGUGCAGAGCCGCCCCGACGGCCUGCCCUGCGCCCGGGGCUCCGCCCGCGUCCCUGGCGGCAGGGGGGUCGCCGUGGGAGGACCCGUCAGAGAAGAGCUGCUCUGUGUUCCUGGAGUCUCUAAGGAGAAGCGUGUGCACUCUGGCGUUUAAGAUCGAAAUGAAGUUAUUAAAGCAGAAGCUUUAAGUCCAGGGCGGUGAUCACGUGAUCUCCUUGGAAGCACAUCGUCCUACUUGUGCCCGGUUCAGACCUCUUCUCGUCCACCGAGAAUGUAAAUAAACGUGUCUUCUUUACGGACCAAGGAUAUGAAAUCGCUCUCCUUUGUAGCUAAGGGUUGCGUGAGGAAGAAAUGUUUGGUGUUGUUAAGAGACGGCUUUCCAUCGGCUAUUAAAGUUGUGUUGAGUUGA